AUGCUUGUUGACACAAACUAGUAAUUUCCUACCUCUCUCUCUUAGACUGACCUGUUGUCUGUUGCCAGGGCAACAGUCUCAUCUCCUGCCGUGCGUCGAGCCCGUCACGUGGGGGCGCAGCGUGUCGGUCUCUGUCGUGCGUCGCCCACCUCCUCAGAGAGAGACCUCCUCACACAGCCAGAGAGAAACCCGAGGGAGAUAAAGUCAGGCUUUAAAGGAGAAGAAAUCUCACCUUCAUCGUCAUCAUGAGGAGGAUCACCGGCAGACACUUGUUGUGCCUCUUCUUGCUCGCCUUCCCGCUGUGCUGGGCAGAGGACACAAAGAAAUGGAAGUCUGAUAAUGACACAGCCGGGAGCCAAGGGAGGAACAGGCGACUGUUUGCGAGGCGAAAGAUUUCUCCGCCACAGGAAAAAAACACCCCUAAAAACAAGUCAAACCCACCGACCCCUGCGCGUCGCUGCGGCCGCCUGAUGGAGAGCUGCUCCACCCACGUCCCGUGCUGCGACCCCUGCGCCUCCUGCCGCUGUCGACUCUUCAAUACCAUCUGUCACUGCUGGAGGAUGAACGCCCUGUGCUUAAAGAAGACGUAGAUGAAACAUAAACACACACACAUAGACAGACACAGCCCAGCACCUGCAAUAUACAGUGAUAGACACAUAUAUAUAUUUACACAUAGAAAUGCGCGUACACUGCCUUCAGUCCUGUGAGUGCAGUUGGGAACAUUCAAUGUUUUUGGCUUCAACACUUGAGUGAUGGAAGAGGAGAAAAUGGGAAUGAGAGGUUUCUGUUUUCAGUUUUCUGAGGCACGAAUAAGAAAAUACUUGCAUAAAUGUUUACAGACUACCCAAAUAACCAACAUACAAUAUGUAGGCAACAAAGGACGAGUGACAUAUGCUUUUUCAUGUAUGUAGACAAACAUGUGUAAACUGUUAGUGCCUUGGGUAUUUCCUGCACUAUUGCUGCUUUUGAAUAUGUUUAUCACUUCUGCUUUCCUGCCAUGUUAAACAUGUGGGAUCCCAUAAUAACCAGAUUUACAUUAGAACAUACAUUUCUUUGUUUUAAACUUACUGCCCUAUAGGCUAAAUGUGGAAAAAAUAAAGCAAAAUUAUAUGUUUUAAGUCACCAACAGUAAAAAAAAACAAAACAUUUUUUUCUGUUCCUAUGUAAAAAUAUGCCUUUGAGACGUUUAGGUCCCAAAAUGUGGAUUUGUUAUUGUUUAUAUUUUUGCUAUUGAAUAAAUAUAUCAUAAGCCUAUAUUAUACUUGUGUUUUUGUUUCCUUAUUGUUUUGUUUUAGUGGAAAUAUCCUAAAAUGCAUACAUGAAUAAUGUCGAACUACAAGUCACUUACAUGUGGAUUACAUGUGGAGGAAACAAUGUGGAACAUAUGAGAAACAGCAUCAAAACAAAACAAAAAUAGUUAUAUCAAAUGUUUGCUGGCAGCUGUCUUGUGGCUAAACAGGGACUAAAGCCGCUUUGUAUUCUUUUCCGGGACAAAUAUGCGGAAAGAUAAUGAUCAUGAAUCUUAUAUGUAGGGGGCAAAUGUGUGUAUCCAGCGAGGACGUGCGGAGACAGAUGUUGAUGUUAGUCUGUGACUUCCAAAAUAAAGCAAUUUUGCAUCUCU